AUGGAGGGAAGCAAACUAUAUGUGAGCAAGGAAUUUAUGCCGCUUAAAGUUUUAAGAGAUACAAAAUUAAAUGAGGAAGAAAGAGUUGAUGUAUUGGAUAAGUUUGAUGAUGAGAUUUUACAAAAUGAAUAUUCAAGUAGAUUGGAAAAGGAGUUAAUAUUAGAGAAUAAAAAUUUUAAUAGAGAUAUAAAUUUAUUACAAUUAAAUUAUGGUGGUAAUUUGAUUAAAAACAAAGCGAUAUUAUCUAAACGAAAUGUUGUAUAUUUGAGUAGUCAUAGUUCUAUAUUAUUAAUUGAUUUAAAAAAGAAAAAGAAAAAAAGAAUUGUGUUAUCAUUUGAUAUAGAUAGGAUAUUUUAUUUUUAUGAUAAGAAAUAUAAAGAAGAAUAUUUAAUUAUAAAAGGGAUGAAUAAUUAUAUAUAUAUAUAUCGUAUUAGUAAAAAUAAGUAUGAAUAUGUUAAGAAAUUUUUUAUUAAAAAUUUAUUUUAUAUUAAUAGUUUUGGAAAAAAUGGAGAAUUGUGUUUUGCUACAUGGGAAAUAAAUGACGGGAAAAUGUAUACAAACUUUUUUCUUCUUAGAUUUAUAUUUCAAUAUGAAUCUUAUAUGUCUGAAAAUUAUCCUAAUAGUCUAAAAAAUAAAAAUCAUAUAGAAAAGGAAGAAUAUAGAAGUAAAUUAUUAAAUCAUCAUAUAACAUAUUCAUAUGAAUCAGAUUCAGAAUGUAAUUUUGAUAAUAAAUAUUUUCCAUCAGAGCUCUAUAUGUCUGAGUUAACAGAUAAUGAAUUGGAAUACAAUAAUAAUACAUUAAGAAAAAAUUAUGACAAUAAUAUGAAUCAUAUAAUAAAUGAUGAUAAACAACAAGAUUAUAACCAUAGGAAUAAUAAUACCUAUAUGAAUGAUGAUUAUAUUCAUAUCCUAGCUAAAUUAAAAAUCAAACCUAUUUUAAAAAUUAAAUAUAUUUAUUUCUCUAUGAUAGAUAUAAAUAAAAAAUUAAAUAAAUUAGUAUUAUCAAAUAAUAAUAUAAUAAUUAUAUAUGAUUUAGAAAGAAGGAGUUAUAAUAUCAUGGCUUUUAGAAAUUAUAUUUCAUCCAUAAAAAUAAGUGAUGAUAAUUUUUUAGCGGUAGGUUUUAUAAAUGGAUAUAUCCAUGUUAUAUUAUUUGAAGAGCUAUUAUCGAAUAAUGAAAACAAUAAAAAUAAACAAUAUGAAAAAAUAUUUAAUAGUAUCAAACCGUUUCAUAUGUAUCCUGGAACGGAUUCUUUAAAAACGGUGUUUCCUUAUAUAGGGGCAUACGAGGUGGACUAUAUGAGUGAUAAUAAUAAUAAUAAUCAAAACAAUACAAAUAAUGACAACAAUAAUGACAACAAUAAUGACAACAAUAAUGACAACAAUAAUGACAACAAUAAUGACUACAUUAAUAAUAAUGAACAGAGUCAUGAAGUCAAACUUCCUCCUCUUCUGAACAUACCUUAUAUUAACUUUGAUUUUAAUAAAAAUAAAAUUAUUAAUAUUUAUAAAUUUCACAUGAUAAAAUAUAAAUGGCACUCGCAUUCUGUAUACAACCUUGAAAUUGAAGGAAGGAAAAUUAUUUCAUGGGGAGAAGAAGCUGUUAUUUUAUUUUAUGAUAUAGACAAAGCAUCAUAUGAAUUUAUUUCGCAUUUAGGAUUUCCAUGUUAUUAUAUAUAUUUGAAUAAAGAAAAAAAUCUUAUAAUUUGUAAUUCUUUAAAUAAUUCUCUCAUGUUUAUUAAUUAUAAUCAUCGUUUGUUUUUCUAUAAAUAUAAUGGUAUCAACAUGCCUUUGUCAUUAAAAAGUUUAUUUUAUCAUUAUACAAAUGUAGACUUAAAUAUAAAAAAUAGUAUGAAUCUUUUUAUGAGUCAGAUAAAUGAUGAAUAUGACUACACACGAAAUAUAGGUGAUCAAACUACGGGACGUGGAUUUUAUAAAAAUGAACAUAAAAAUAACAACCUUUUUAAUAAUACUAUGUAUGAUGAUAAUAUGAAUAACUUUGCGAACUGUCAGGAAUAUUCAACAGAAGAUUCUAGUGAUGAAUCAAGUAAUGAAUCUAAUGACCUUUCCGAAGUAGAAGAUAUUAUAUCAAGGAAUAAAAAAAACAAAAAUGAAUUUUUAAAUGAAGAAACAAAGAAAUAUGAUGAUCAGGAUAAUAACAGAAAUGAAUUUUCGAAGCAUCAUGACGAUGAUAACCAGAAUAUUGAUGAUAAUAAAAAGUUGGUGAGUAUAAAAAAGCGUAAAAAAGAGAAAAUAGAAGAAAAUUUUCUUAGUUUUCGAUACAUAGAAAAAGAAUUAGAAAAGAAACUUUUUAAAAAUAGUAAUGUUGAAAAUAAUUUAUAUAAAAAAUAUCAAAUGUCUUUUUAUUGUGAUUCAAAUAAAGGAUUAAUUUUUUGUUUUCUAACAUCUUUUUCUCAUUUACAAUUAUAUAAUAUAGAAAAAGAUAAACAUGAAAAAUAUUUAUGUUCUUUAAAUAUGACAUAUAAAAGUAGAACAAAUAUUGAAAAAGUAAAUGAUAUGGAAUUAAUAUUUUUUUGUUUUAAUCAUAAUAGAAAUUUAUUAAUGACGAUCGAAAAAAGAAAUUACCUUAUGCCCACCUUAUUAGAUUCUUCAUCACCAAAUUUAAUACAUAGAAUAUAUACUAUAAAGUUUUGGUUACAUGACAAAGAUUUGGAAUAUAAUAAUAUAUAUGAAUAUGCCGUUCCUUGUAAUAUGAUAACGUAUGAUGGUCAAGGAACAAAUGAUGUGUUUAAAGCUAUUAAUGGAAAUAUUAAUAAAACAGUGGAUGAUAUAAAUAUAUGUACCGAUGAUAAUAUAUAUGAUAAUAAUAACAUGUGUGAUAAUAAUAACAUGUGUGAUAAUAAUAACAUGUGUGAUAAUAAUAACAUGUAUGAUAAUAAUAACAUGUAUGAUAAUAAUAACAUGUGUGAUAAUAAUAAUAACAUAUAUAAUAAUAAUAAUAACAUAUAUAAUAAUAAUAAUAACAUAUAUAAUAAUAAUAAUAAUAAUAACAUAUAUAAUAAUAAUAAUAAUAACAUAUAUAAUAAUGAUAUAAUUUCUGUUGAGCAUGAGAAAUAUCAAAUGAUAAAAAGUCAUCCAUUUUUAAACAUGUUCCUAUUAUUUGAAACAAAUGGAAAUAUAAGUAUAUGGUGUUUUGAUAAAUGUGAAAAAAUAUUUGAUGAAUGUAUCUAUAAUGAUUAUGUUGUAGAUUGUUUGGAAAUGGUUACAGAGAAUAUAAAAAUUAUGGAUAAGAUGAUAAACGAAAUGAAUGGAACAGAUAUUCAUAAUAUUUAUAAAAAAAAUAAUAAUGAGCAUGCUGUUGGAUUGUCUUCAUUAAACAACAAUAAUAAUAAUAAUAACAAAAGCGAUGGUGAAGAAAAUAAUAAAAGAAAAUUUUCUAGCAAUAUAAUUACUAUUAUAAAAGAUAUUAAUUAUAACAAUAAUAUUAUUUUAAAUGGUGAUGUUAGUUCAGAUGGGAAAAUAUUUUGUUUAUGUCAUGAUAAAUUUUUCACCAUAUGGGAUACAGUAACUUUAAAAACAUUAGCUGUUAUUAAACAUCCUUUAUAUACAUCAUUAAAUGAACAUAUAUUUAAUUUAUAUAAAGGAAUUGAAGUAAUAGAAUCACAAUAUAAUACAUAUAUCUUAUUUUUUUCUUUCGAUACAAUUUUUAUAUAUUCUCUUGAACAGUUCCAUUUAAUAUAUCAAGAAAAAUUUAAAGGAAUUAUAGAAUAUGUAAAAUUUGAUAAAUAUACAAAUAAAUAUUUAGCUAUAGGUAUAACAAAAAAAUCAAAACAGAAAAAUAAUCAACUAAUACAAAAAAAUUAUAUAUAUGAAUUUAAUGAAAAUUAUUUAAAAAGAAAAAAAUUAUUCUAUUCUACUACACAAAGUCCAAUCUUAUUAGUAGAUUUUGCUCCAUUCAAUAUUUUAAAAAAUAAAAAUUUAAAUCAUUAUCAUAAAUCAACAAUAUUAGUUUCUUUAAAUUCCAAGUUUCAAGUACACACAUUUUAUAUUAACAAUUAUCCAAAUUUUUUAAAAUUAAACUGA